CUCUACUCUACUCUACUCUACUCUACUCUGACGCGCUGUCUGCUGCUGUUUCGCCGUGACCGGCUUCGUUGGAUAAUGUACACCUAAAAAGAGGUUCAUGUUGUUAUUUCGCAGCCAUGUACAGAUCGUCGUUUGUCGCUCGUGUAGUUUUGCUGUUUGUUUCGUUUAAAUGGUCGUUCUCCACACGGGACAGUCUCAAAGUCCGACAGGAAUGGAGUGGUGCUGAGCGAGGGCUGCCUGAGCUGAGACUCUGGACGCUGCGCUGGCAGGACCAGCUGGACGUGUGUGUCCGUGUGCGGCUCUCCGUCCGUCCUCUGCAGGCAAACGAAUCGCUGACGAUUGAGUUGAGCGACUCUGAGACGGGUGACUCCUACACGCUGCUCAUGUGGGAACGGAGCAGCACUCUCAGGUGGAUCAGCAGUAGUGGCGAUCCGUGGCUUCAACCUCGCAAAGCUAAAAUUCAGAAGCAUGUAACGACCGUGACGUCCCAUCAGGCCUUUUGGAUUGUGAGGUAUGACUGUUUCCCAGCCCAGCCUGGAUCCACCGUCAGCGUGUCCGUUCACAGCCACAGUCGUGUGCUCAUCAGCACGUCUUACGUCGUAGAGCACACAGUGCCCAAAGCCAGUGUCACGGUGGAUGAACAUGCUAAACGCUUCAGUGUACGAAUGGAAACAGACCACAGUGAAGUGGAGAUCAGCCUGUGCUACAACAAUUCACACGCAGUGUGUGAAGGAAUUUAUUUUAGUACGACUGAAGCGAAGGUUAAAACCUUCAAUCUGAGCUUCCCCUACCUGAUACCUUGUGUCUGUGUGCAGCUGUGGUUUCCAGGCCCUGAUUCCAGAAGAAACACACAGUGUCCCUUAAAAGAGAAAGCGCUGCCACAUGGAGGAGAUAUCUUGUCCUCCAGCUCAGUUGAAGUUCGUGGCACUGUUCUGGAGUGGAAGCCUCGCUGCCCCGCUGACCAAUCAGAUCCCUCCGUGUCUCUGUGCUGGCGAAUCCACACGCAGAGCUCUUACUGUGUCCCCGCCCCCAACGCCACCCUCCACGGGACCAGACGGCAAUAUAAUGUGUCUGCUGUGGAUAAACACCCUCAGAUGUGUGUGAAGUUUUCUCUAAAUGGCAGUGGUCAGGUCUUCUGUCCGUUCGAGUCAGAGGGCCGCUCUGAGUGGAGCGUGGCGGUCGUUCCUGGAUCUCUGCACCUGCACCUGAGGUUCAGCGUCGCCGCGUCGUUUGCUGCUCAGCUGUGCGCCAGACAGGGAGAGACGUGUUCAUCUCAAGGAAACGUCGUCUCACGCCGGGUGGAUGAGGGCGCCACUGAGGCUGAGCUGAGUGUGCCCUUCCUCUUCCUCUCAUCAGGACUGUGUGUGCAGGUGUGGCGCUUGGAUCUCCGUGGAAGACGAAUCAUUUGCCCUGACUUCACACACAGGCGAUGGGGUCUCAUCACUGGCACUGCAUUGGCUCUUCUGGCUGCGGUGACCGUACUGGUCUGCAUCACAUGCUACCUGGUCAAAAGAAGCACAUCAGUGUGGUGGAGCGCUGAAAGACGUCCCGUGCUGCUGGUCUGCUCGUCUGAUCAUGCCGCGCACAUCGCUGCCGUCUGCAGUCUAGCCUCCGGCCUGCAGGGGGAGCUCUUCAUGGACGUGAGGCUGGCGCAGUGGGCGUCCUCUCUGGCUCAGCUGGGACCCGUGCCGUGGCUGUACGGACAGUGUCAGGCGGUGCAGAAGGCGGGCGGUCUCGUCCUGAUCGCCUGGAGCCCUGACGCCCAUCAGGCUUUUCUGAGACGGGUGAAGAGCAAUAGGGUCGCUGGAUCGGAGUUCUCUGAGACUGGGCUGUACAGUGCUGUUGACGAGGAAGAGCAGAAGAGCUGUGAUGGAGAAUGGAUGGAGAAGCCAGUGGAGUCGUCUUCUAUCACGGCUCCUGUGUUCAACGCCGCCCUCUCCUGUCUGUGGACGGGAUUACACAGCGAUGGCCACGCCAGGGGGUUUGGACUGGUGUGCUUCCAGGGUCUUAACAACAACAACAGCAGCCGCACUUACAUCCCAAAACAGCUCCGCUGUGUCCCAAAGUACUGUCUCCCGAAGGACCUGUCUUCUUUACUACACGACUUGGGAGAGCCCACAAGAGCCCAAGGGAGUGGGCGAUGUUGGCCCCGUCUUCUGUCCAAAGCGCUGUCGCUCUUCAUGUGGCGUCAGCUCGCGCCAAGACUAAAGGCGGGACUUACUGUGCCGAGCGUUCCCAAGUCCUCACGCAAAUCAGUUGGCGGUACAAAGCGAAAGACGCGGAGGCAAAAAAAGCGGCGAGGUAAAGUGGUAUCAGCGUGUUUGUCCAGAAAGGAGUGUUCAAAGAAACAUUCUGCACCAGAGCUACUAGGAGCCUGCUGAUCGGAUGAAGCCGUUUCGCUCUGACUGAACUCGUGCUGUCCGCAGUGAGAAGGCAGAGGUGAUUCACAGACAGACAGUGCUGGCUCUCUCCGGGCCGGGGCAGAUCUGUCCAGCAGGGGGCAGAAACAUCAAACUCAGACUCACGCUGUCUUCCUGUCAAGUUCCUGGUAAAUCGCUGGCGCUGUACGUGACAAAUGAACUCUGCGCUCUAUGUCCCUGGUGUUCAGCUUCAUUUGACCACUGCUGUUAUCUCGAGCAGCCUGUGGCUUUGAAGGCCCCACCGUUUCUGAUCAAGUGAUUUCGAACAGGUUCAAUCCGUCCUUGUUCUAGCUUGUACUAUUCUAGACGAUGCUUGAAACUUCAUAUUGUUAGCACUGUUUGUGUUAUUGCCUGCUUAAUGUGAAUCACUUGCUGUAUUAAUUUACCGACACCUUUAGCCAAA